UGUAUCAUACAACUAUACAAGUUUAAGAUUAACAAACAAUUCAAACUCGCUAAUUCCCAUAGAUUUCAUACUCCAUUUAGGAUUUACUAAUUAGCAUGACUCGUAGUUAGUAAGCAAGUCAAGUAAUCGUACUAGUGUAUCAUAUAAGAUCAUAGUGUAAAUUAAAUUAAAUAAUUAAUUAAAGAAAUAAAUAAAAAAGAAAAAAUAUCCCCACAUCCGUCUUUCUUUCUCUCUCCUCGUCUAAAAAUUUAUCUCGCCUCCGAUUUCUUCUUGCCUCGUGCUCUUUUAUCGUUGAUUCCAAAAAUUUUCGAACAAUUUUUUUUCCCAGAAUUUCUUGGAUUUUCGUCGUCAUCUACAUCACCUGUAACUCCCACAUUUUUUUUCGAGCUUCCAUUAAUCAAUUACCCUUCAAUUUCACUUUCUCGAAGGGCUUCUUAAUUGGUGCUGAUUUGGGGAUUUUCGAUUUUUGUAUCGGAAAUUAGGGUUUAUGAUUUGAAGUGGAUUGUUCUCUUCAAGAGGUCUGAUUUAUUGAUUCAGUGAUGAGUGCAGAUUUUGGGUGGAAUGGCAGUUUUUGGGACUGGCAAUUGCAGAAAAUCAUAGUGGGUAAAUGGUGUAGGCAGUAUGCUGCUGGUAGUUUGGAGAAAUGCAAAGGUAUCAUGCUGCUAGCUGCACUAGUGCUGUCAAUAACAACACUGCUAUUGGGGGCAUUUCCAAUAGAGAUACUAAUGCUCGGAACGAUCCGUCUUUGUCUGCCAACUUCUCUUUAAACUCGAGGCGGACUUCACCACUUACACCAUAUAAGUUGAAGUGCGAGAAGGAGUCACUCAACUCUCGCCUUGGUGCACCUGACUUUCAUCCACAAACUGUCAAUUGUCCGGAGGAGACUCUUACCAAGGAGUAUGUGCAAUCUGGUUACAGAGAAACAGUUGAAGGGCUUGAGGAAACUAAAGAGCUCUCAGUUACACAAGUCAAUACUUUUACGGCACCUAUUGUUCUUAAAUGCAAAGAGGCAAUUAGGAAACGUCUUAGAGCUAUCAAUGAGUCUCGUGCUCAGAAGCGCAAGGCUGGCCAAGUUUACGGAGAGCCACUUUCUGGUUCCUUGUUGAGUAAAUCUUGUGUCUUUCCAGAGCAGAAGUCUUGUGGCGAGGACUUUAAGAAAAGAUGGAUUGAGGGCUUAUCCCAAUACCACAAAAGCCUUUGUUCUUUAGCAGAUCAUGUUCCCCAUGGCUAUAGGAAAAAGUCGCUAUUUGAGGUUCUCAUCAGAAACAAUGUUCCCUUGCUGAGAGCAACAUGGUUUAUUAAAGUAACCUAUCUCAAUCAGAUUAGGCCUGGAUCCUCAAGUGUCUCCAGUGGGUCUCCUGACCGAAUUCAGUUAUCGCGUACAGAGAUUUGGACAAAGGAUGUCACUGAUUACUUGCAGUAUAUUCUGGAUGAGUUAUUCCCAAGGAAUAGUUCUCAUUCCAUCCCUCAAAAUAGGGAUCGAUCACAACAAAUGCUAUAUGCAGGGUCAGUGCAAAAAAAAAGUGAUCAAGUUUCAUCGGCUUUGGAUUCUGAGGAGCCGUCAUUGCAUACUAAGUGGUGGUAUGUGGUGCGUAUUCUUCAUUGGCACCAUGCAGAAGGACUUAUUCUUCCUUCUCAAGUUAUUGACUGGGUAUUCUUGCAGUUUCAGGAUAAAGAUUUACUCAAGGUCAUGCAGUUCCUUCUGCCAAUAAUUUAUGGAGUAUUGGAAACCAUUACUACAUGUCAAACAUAUGUGCGCAAACUUGUUGAAGUCACUCUGCGUUUUCUCAAGGAAGCUUCCACAGGCUGUUCUGAUCCGGUGGAUAAUUCUCGAAGAGCAUAUACUUGUUCUGCUCUUGUUGAGAUGCUUCAAUAUUUAAUACUGUCUGUACCGGAUACUUUUGUUGGUCUGGAUUGCUUUCCCUUGCCGCGCUGUCUGAUGAUGUCUGCAGAAAGUGGUGUGUCACAUCAUUCUAAGUCACCUGUGUGUUUUGAACACCCAAAGAAUGAUUCUGCAGGGGUUUCGCAUGUUAUAACUAACAACCGUCUUGAUGUCAAACAUCCAUCAUCUUGGUUUAGGCGUGUAGUUUCGUCGAUCAAGAAACGAUCAACUUAUUUGGCAAAGGCUGCCAGCCCUGGCUAUUCUGGGCAGAAUGUUGCUAAAGCUGUGCAAGCCUUAGAUAAAGCUCUUGUGCUAGGAGAUGUCCAAGAGGCUUAUAAGUUACUCUUUGAAGGUAUUUCUGACUCCUCUGUUCAUGAAGGUUGGAUUGGCGAAGUAAGCCCAUGCUUAAGGUCAUCGUUAAAAUGGAUAAGAUAUGUUGGUCCUCCAUUAGUUUAUUCCGUGUUUUUGCUUUGCGAAUGGUGUACUUGUGAUUUCAGGGAUUUUAGAACGUCAUCUUUUCAUGAUGUAAAAUUUACUGGGAGAAAAGAUUUUUCUCAACUUUAUAUUGCUACUAGGCUCAUGAAGCAAAAGAUGAGGGAGAUACAGAGGUCAGAAAAAGGAAAGAAAGGUUCUGAAAGUAGGGCUGAUGUAAGUUAUGACAAAUUUACCUGCAUUGAAACAUCAGAUUAUUUUGAAAGCCCUGGCCCCUUACAUGACAUUAUAAUAUGUUGGUUGGAUCAACAUGAUGCUCAAAAAGGGGAAGGUUCUAAGCGUGUACAGUUACUCCUCAUCGAGCUCACUCGCUUUGGAAUUUUUUCUCCAUUGGCAUAUGCAAGGCAGCUCUUAGUUAGUGGAAUUAUGGACAAAAAUGGUCCCGUUGUUGAUCCAGACAGACGCAAGAGACAUUUUCGGAUCUUGAAACAACUUUCAGUUUCAUGUAUGCUUGAUGUUUUUGAUGAAGCACAGAGUGCUGACAGAUCACUACUUCUGGAAGCAAUACAUGUAUACUCUAAUGAAAGGUGCCUUCUUCUUCGUGGAUUGCUUGCUGAUGAGCACAAGCAAAUUAGAAGUACUAAUUAUGCACCAAAGAAGCAGAAAGAAAAUCAAAUCUCUCAAAGGGAUCAUUCUUUACCUCCUUCCAUAUACCAGUUGAAAACACCACAGACUUUGUCAGCCGUGUCUUAUAAUAAGAGCAAGAAAAAUGGUCUUGACCUAGAGAAAUUGAAACUCUCUAUUCUGGAGCUGUUGCUCCUGCCGAAGUCUGCUGCUGAUGCUGGAGCUGAUGAAUCUCAAGUAAACAUGAAAAGGUCUGUUGGACUCAUUUCAGGUAAGCUAGACAUUGCAGAUGGAACACCUGGCUGUGAAGAAUGUCAAAGGGCAAAGAGACAAAAAAUAGGUGAAGAAAAAUAUUCAUUUCUUCAUAGACCCUCUUCAAACCCAUUAGACGAUGAAGAUAGUUGGUGGGUGAGGAAGGAGCCAAAAUCCGUGGAUUCCCUUAAAGUAGAACAACCAAUCAAGCCGAGCAAGCAAGCCUCGAGAGGUCGACAGAAGUCUGUGCGUAAAACACAAAGUCUGGCUCAACUAGCUGCAUCAAGAAUUGAGGGAAGUCAGGGAGCAUCUACAAGCCAUGUAUGUGACAAUAAGGUGGGAUGUCCUCACCAUCGGCCAGUUCCGGAAGGAGAUGCUGAAAAAUCUGCUGAUGGCAACAGGGCAAUCAGUGGCACAGAUAUUGUAUCUAUUGGUAAAAAGCUAAAGCGAUUGAAAUAUGCUGAGAAGAGGAGCAUUUCUGCUUGGCUAGUUAGUUAUGUCAAGCAGGUUGUUGAGGAAACAGAAAGAACUUCAACCAAGGCUGGUCAGGUUAAUCGGUCUUUAUCUUCUGUUGAUGAAAAGAGCUCAGCAAAGUGGAAGCUUGGUGAGGAUGAGUUGUCUGUCAUACUUUAUUUGAUGGACAUGUGCACUGAAGUGCCUUUGGCAAUCAGUUUUCUUGUUUGGCUGUUGCCUAAGGCUCUAGGUAAUCUUAAUGCCCCUAUACAUGGUGGAAGAAAUAUGAUGGUGCUGCCUAGAAAUGUGGAAAGCCAUGCAUGCGAAGUGAAGGAACCAUUUCUCUUGUCAGCUAUACGGAGGUAUGAGAACAUAAUUCUUGCUGUGGAUCUUUUACCUGAAAUCUUGUCAAGCACAAUGCAUCGUGUUGCAGCAGUUUUAGGCUCCAAUGGCAGGCUUUCCGGUUCACCAACCUUUCUGUAUGCUAGAUAUUUGCUGAAGAAAUAUUGCAAUGUUAGCAGUGUAAUAGAAUGGGAGAAAAGUUUUAAGGCAACUUGUGACAAAAGACUCCUUUCUGAACUUGAAUCCGGAAAAUUGCAAAAUGGAGAAUUUGGUUUUUCUUUUGCAGUUCCAGCUGGUGUUGAGGAUCUUGACGAUUUUAUCCGCCAAAAAAUUAGUAGUAACCGUUCGUCUAGAAUGGGUAUGAGUAUGCGAGAAAUUGUGCAAAGAUGUGUUGAAGAAGCAGUUCGUCACCUUUUUGGCAAGGAGAGAAAGCUUUUUGGGCCUGGUGCUCAAAAGAAUGCUGGCAUAGACAAAUGGGAUGAUGGGUAUCAAAUUGCUCAGCAAAUUGUUGUUGGGCUCAUUGAUUGUAUUAGGCAGACUGGUGGUGCUGCUCAAGAAGGGGAUCCUGCUUUGGUUUCUUCUGCUGUUUCUGCAAUCGUUGGCAAUGUUGGGCCAGCUAUAGCUAAAAUGCCAGAUUUCACAUCAGUCAGUAAUCAUUCAAACUUUCCUGCUCCAACUGGGUCACUGAGUUUUGCUCGCCGAGUUUUGCGGAUACAUAUAAAUUGCCUGUGUUUACUCAAAGAAGCACUUGGUGAGAGGCAUAGUCGUGCUUUUGAAAUAGCUCUUGCUACAGAAGCUUCUUCUGCUCUUGCUGGAGUCCUUUUGCCAGGUAAGAAUGCUCGAGGUCAAUAUCAUGUGUCACCCGACGCUCAUGAUUCUAGCGUGAAUUUGUCAAAUGAAGUACCUAAUAAUUCCACAAAAGUUGCUGUUGGAAGGGCUACAAAGAUUUCUGCAGCUGUGUCAGCUCUUAUCAUUGGGGCAAUUAUCCACGGGGUCUCUAGCCUGGAGAGAAUGGUAACAGUCUUCAGGCUUAGAGAUGGUUUGGAUUUGGUUCAGUUUGUUAGGAGUUCUCGGACCCACUCAAAUGGGAAUGCAAGAUCAGCUGGGGCCCUCAAAAUAGACAAUGCACUUGAAAUUUAUAUUCAUUGGUUUAGGCUACUUGUUGGAAAUUGUAGAGCAGUGUCUGAUGGUGUAAUUGUAGAGCUUCUAGGUGAACCCUCUGUGAUUGCUCUUUCAAGGAUGCAGCGCACACUUCCUAUUAACCUUGUGUUACCUCCAGCAUAUUCUUUGUUUGCAUUUAUGAUAUGGAGGCCAUUUAUCUUCAGUUUCACCCCAGGAGGUCGUGAAGAGAUUCCUCAAUUGCUACAGUCUUUGUCCUUGGCUAUAGGCGAUGCAAUAAAACAUGCACCUUUUCGAGAUAUAUGUCUAAGAGAUACUCAUGGUUUCUUUGAUAUCGUGACUUCUGAUACUACAGAUGCUGAGUUUGCAUCCAUUUUAGAGCUGAAUGGUUCAGACAGGCUUUUAAAGGCCAAAGCUUUUAUCCCUCUGCGCGCUAGGCUUUUUCUGAAUGCAUUAGUUGACUGUAAACUACCACAUUCUGUGUCUUUGCAGGAUGAUGGUGGUCGAUUAUCUGGGACUAGUGAUGCAAAGGUUCAAUAUGAGGAGAGUGAAACAAAUAUUUCUGAUAGGCUUGUUAGUGCUUUGGAUACUUUGCAGCCUGCUAAAUUUCAUUGGCAGUGGGUUGAGCUUAGGCUUUUUCUUAGUGAGCUAACCCUUAUCAAUAAACUAGAUUCCUCCAAUGACACAGUAUCAGUAGCUGAGGCUAUCCGUUGCCUUACACCUAAUCCUGAUAAGGGUGGUUCUUUGGAAAAUGAGAGCAAUUUCAUUCCGAUUGUCCUUACAAGGUUAUUGGUGAGGCCAGAUGCUGCUCCACUCUUUUCAGAAGUAGUACGUCUUUUUGGAAGGUCAUUGGAAGAUUCAUUGCUGUUACAUGUUAAAUGGUUUCUAGAAGGACAAGAUGUGCUUUUUGGAAAGAAAUCUAUAAGGCAGCGGCUUGUGAACUUUGCAGAUUCUAAAGCUAUUUCUACUAAGGCCCAGUUCUCGAAGCCCUGGGGCUGGGCUAAUUCCAAUUCUGACGCUAUAGGAAGUCGGGGAGACAAAAGGAGAUUUGAAACUCCAUCUGUGGAAGAAGGUGAACUGGUUGAGGAGGACUAUAAAAGAAAUGCCAGAGGUGCCUCAAAGCUGUCAAAUCGUGAAGGCCUCAACUCCAAUCAACAGUUUGUGACGGAGAGAGCUCUUAUGGAAUUGGUUCUUCCUUGCAUUGAUCGAAGUCCUGAUGAUUCUCGCAAUAGGUUUGCAAGUGAGCUUAUUAAGCAGAUGAACAAUAUUGAGCAACAAAUAAGUGGGUUUACUUCAGGGUCCAGUAAACAGACAGGAUCAUCUCCUUCUGGGUCUGAAGGUUUUACUAGCAAAAGUAGUACCAGAAAGAGCAUGAAAGGAAGUAGCCCUGGGUUAGCCCGACGAGCAGCAGCAGUAACAACUGAUUCAGCACCGUCUUCUCCUUUAGCUCUGCGAGCAUCAAUAUCAUUGCGACUACAGCUACUUGUGAGAUUGCUUCCUUCUAUAUGUGCGGAUGGGGAUUCGUCUGGUCGCAGUUCAAGGUUUAUGCUUGCAUCAGCUAUACUCCGUCUUCUUGGAAGUAGGGUUGUUUAUGAAGAUGUGGACAUGUCUUUCAAUCCUCGACGGGGAUCGCCACUGAAAGAUUCUGAGUUACAGAUGGAAACUUGUGCAGAUGUUUCUUUGGAUUUGUCAGGGAAGAAUUUAUUUGAUUGGCUAUUGCUAGUAUUACAUGCUUUGCUGAACAGUUCUCAACCCAGUUGGCUCAGAUUAAAAUCUCUCUCAAAGUCAACUGUUGUGUCCUCGAAAGACUUUGCUGGAUUUGAUCGUGAGAUCUUAGAGAAUUUACAGAGUGAGUUGGAUCGGAUGCACUUGCCAGAUGCAAUACGAUGGCGUAUUCAAGCAGCUAUGCCAGUUGUUGUACCCAACCCACGAACCUUUAUCUCUUGCCAGCCGCCUUCUCUUGCAUCUACUGCUCUUGCUUCACUUCAGCCCAGUGUCAGUUUUCCUUCUAACCAAGCAAGUCCGUUGCCAAAGAAUAUACUGCCGUCUGUGCGCACUGCUACAUCUACUGCCAUGCUUGGAAAGUCAAAAUCAGCUGUCUCUCAACCUGAUAACGAUUUGGAGGUUGACCCAUGGAUGCUUUUGGAAGAUGGGGCAGGUUCAGGCUCAUCUUCUAGUAACACUGCAGUUAUGGGUGGUGGUGACCAUGCUAACCUUAGAGCAUCCAGUUGGUUGAAAGGAGCUGUUAGAGUGAGACGGACUGAUCUCACAUACAUUGGUGCUGUGGAUGACGAUAGCUGAUCCUACUUGACCUUGUAAUUUAUUUUGGUCCCGGAAUGAGCAGAUCCUUCAGAGAAAAAAAUCAAUGAUUUUCAUGGUGCAUUAAGAAGGCAAUUAUCUUUCUUGUUGCUGCCCUCUUCACUCGGAUUGGAGGGCCAGAAAGCAGGUGGAAUACUUGCUACUUGUUGGCCUGAGGGCUGAGGAUCUGUGUAAGCUGCUAUGAAUUUUUAUCCUGCCCAAGUGCCAAGGUGGCUGCUUAUCUGAAGUCUGCUUCAUUAACUAACCUAUGAACACCACCGCCACAAGCACGGGUCGGAGGCUUGUAUAUAAUUAGAUAUAAUGGUGACCGUGAUUGCUUGAGCUCGGCAAAAUCUCUGCUCUGUAAUUUUUUUUUUUUUUUUUUUUUUUUUGAAAUAUCUUGUCCCAUUCUUCUCCUCUGAUGCCCUGAGUACUAUGCUCACCAAGUCACCAGAUAUUCUGGCUGGUAGCUAUCUAUACUGUAGAAUAUAGCCGGGGCAUAGGUGUUAUGACUUUUGAACUCAGCAUUGAAGAAAUGCCAUUGUAGAUCAUGGGCCUGAAUAUGGCUAUUUGCCAUUUUUCUUUUGCCUAACUUCUUAGAUAUUCAAAGUGUUAGCUCAUUCUCCAGAAA